CUAUAAUUACAAAAUUCGUCCCACGGUGGCGGGGAUGGCUUCCCAGGAGGACAUGCUGCUCUUCGCUAACUGGAGCACCCUACUGGCCUGUAUGGUGCUCAAAUUCCCUCAGAUCCUGUCGGUCAUGGCAUCAAAGUCGGCGGAGGGGGUGAGCUUGCAGAGUGUGCUGCUGGAACUGGCCGGAUUCCUUUUUUUCCUGAGGUACCAAAUGUACUACAACUAUCCCAUGGAAACCUACCUUGAAUACCCUAUCCUAAUUGCCCAAGAUGCUGUCCUUUUGCUGUUCCUUUUUCACUAUACGGGAAGUGUGAAAAAUGCUUUGCCCUACGCUGGCAUAUUUUUUGCAGCAUGGAACAUCCUAGCGCUUCACAAAUGGAUAAUCGACUUGGCCCUGUACCUGUGCACAGGGAUCAGUGCUGCAAGCAAGAUUGUCCAGAUCCAGUACCUGUGGCUGACUAAAGAUUCUGGCCAAGCUAGUGCACUGACAUGGAUCUUGGCAAUGUACACCAGUGCAACACGGAUAUUUACUACACUAGCGACGACUGGAGACUCUGCAGUUCUGCUUCGCUUCAUCGUGCUGCUGAUUCUCAAUGGCUGCGUCACCGCCAUGAUACUGAUGUACAGGAAGAAGACGGUGAAGACAGAAUAAUCCCGCACCCAUUGCUGCAAGUGUCCCAAUAACCGUUUAUCUCCAGUGUUACCACAUGGAACCCACUACACCUCGUUCUUGCUGUUUAGCGACCUUUCUUUUCCCCAACUAUAGAGAGAGCUGUGGGAAGGGACCAAUGUUUCUGUUUCUCUAACAGAAGAGAAGAAUUCAGGGCCAAGGGUGUGGCGCUUCUAGACUGGACCAAAGUUACUAAGAGCACUUAUUUGCCUGGAGCAUUCCAAGCAGCCUCUCCGCUUUGUGCAGUUGUUGCUUUGUGUUUAUGCAGCAAACAUUACACUGAAAGUCACCUUACCUUGUCAUUGAUGGGGCAGGUUCUGAUUCCUUCCUGUCUGGGCCAGAUAUCCUUCAGCUGAGAUGUAGGGGGGGGGGUGGGGAAGUGACUGUUUCUAGGAUUAUUUGCCUCCUUAUCAGGCAGCAGUAGUUUAUGGAGUAUAAACAGCACAAUACUAUUGAGCAGAUAAAAAGCAAUAGUAAAAUUCUACUCUAUACACCCCUCCUAGAAACAUGCCUAAAACAGGCACUUAGACUUGUGGCCCUUCAAACUCUUGUGAGUUACAGUCCCUGGCCUGGCUGGGAUAUUAGGGGUAAUAACAAAUCCUUUCCAAAAGAAAUGCUUUUUCCAUAGUGAUUAUUACUGUUACUUUUUAUAUUGCUUGUUCUGACUUUGGAGAUAUAAAUUGCACUCCAAAGCAGCCAAUCAGAUCAAAGCUUUUACUGGCCUGGUGCCGUUAGACUAAUAAGCAGCGGCUGAUUGGUUGUUAGGCUGAACAUGCCUAUGUGAUUAUCUACUUUAAAUUGGGUUUUGGGCUCACUGAACAUGUUCUGUUACAGAAGGAGUCCCAUCUAGGACUCCUUGCAGCGCUGUUCUUUGCUGGGCUGCGCAUUCAGUAGGACACACGUUUGCUGCAUAUAAAUACAUGAAUAACUGAGCAGUGCUUAACUUGUUUACAUACAGUAUACUUAUUGGUUAUAUUGUUUUUAUUGGCAUCACCCGGGACCUGUUAUGUUAGAGGACAGGUUGGUGUAUAUAUAUAUAUAUAUUUUUUUUUUUAUACAAGGAAAAUGAAUGUGUUUUGGAAAAUACAGUAUAAUAAAGUAUUAUCCUUACGGGUUUUAAGACAAGAUGGGUUAUAUUGCUUCAAAACGCCAAUCAUUGUACUGUAUUAAGUUAUGAAGGUAACAAUAAAUUGGUUGUGUUUCUGCAA